GUAGGCGCCUUUGGCAAUGACGUAAUCAGUGUUCGGUUAAUGGCGAGUAGGAAUAGAACAUCCCCUUGUAUGCGCGUAAACAGUUUUUUCUCUCUAAAUUCUCAUAUAUAACGCGUCCUGCUCUUUAAGAAGCGAUGGCCGUUGCAGAACUGGUGGCAAAAUGCUUGCAGGCACGAGACAUGGCUUAUUGUCCCUAUAGCCAGUUCCCGGUGGGUGCUGCUAUUUUGACAUCUGGAGGUGCCAUAAUCACAGGCUGCAAUGUAGAGAAUGCUUCUUACGGCCUUACGGUUUGUGCAGAGCGAACAGCCAUACAGAGAGCUGUAGCUGAGGGACACAGAAGUUUCACAGCUAUAGCAGUCACAUGUGAUAUUAAAGAUAGCUUUGUGGGACCCUGUGGAGCCUGUCGACAGGUGCUAAUGGAGUUUGGUUCAGAAUGGGACAUUUACCUGACUAAGCCUGAUGGAUCCUAUAAGAAGACAAGUCUGAGAGAGUUGCUGCCCUCAGCAUUCAGUCCAGCUCACCUGGCAAAAAACAGCAAUUAAAACAAUAUAUUUUAGACUGCUAAAAGUUGCAAGAGCAAGUGGUUUUCAACUCCUGUGCAGGUGGGAGCUGUUGAUCAGAUCUGAACCCCUUGGGGUGAAGAAAAGGUCAGGGACCAUGUCAGGGACCACCAUGACCACGUUUCUUCUAUCAUCUUCAGGAAAUGCUGUAUUCCAGUACAAGUCACUGUGGUUUAAAUGACUAAUUUAUUUAUAUUGUGGGGAAAAAAUUAAGCACAUUAGGAAAUACCGUGGGUAGAUGCAAAAAACAAUAAAUGUGUGAAAAUAACUGUGCUUGAUCUUUUCUGGUCGAAGGACUGAUCGUUUUUUGCAAGACUGGGAAAAAGAACGCUGCACAAACAUUUACGCUACAUCCUUAAUCAAACCCUUUGUGAUGUAAAUCAAAUACCUGCUUUUUUGUUUGCUUUUGAUAUUUCUUUUGAGAAGCAGAACUAAAAAUGUUCAUGUCCUCAGGUAUUAUCAUUAAAUUAGAUCUAUAAUAAUUACCAUUUGGUAACAACAAUGAACUGUUAAAAUAACUAAUAAAUUAUUAACACCUAUGAAAGUUGUGCUG